AUGGACUCACCCCGCAUCGGGACCGUCGGGCCUGAGCUGCUCAAGCUUGAGCUGAGCAGCGGCGGCCGCCUCGGCUUUGCCGGCGCGGUGCUCGGCUGCGACGGCUGCAUCUAUGGCGUGCCAGCCGACGCGAGGCAAGUGCUGCGCUUUGACCCAGAGACGCAAAACUCGAUGCUGAUCGGAGCAGACUUGGGUGGGGAGGAGUACAAGUGGUCUGACGGUGUCCUCGGCCGCGACGGCUGCAUCUACGGCAUUCCGCACGACAGCGCAAGGGUGCUGCGCUUUGACCCGGUGGCAGAGGAGGCGACGCUCGUGGGGCCCUACCUGGGGCAGGGAGGCGGCAAGUGGGACGGCGGAGUGCUCGGGCCCGACGGCUGCGUCUACGGCGUGCCCUUCAACUCUGCGCGUGUGCUUCGCUUCGACCCGUCGACGCAGGAAGUGACUCUCGUCGGCCCGGACCUUGGCGAGGGCGACGAGGCCAACCCGCAGGGGGGCGGCAAGUGGCGGGGCUGCGUGCUCGGCAGGGACAACUGCAUAUACGGCAUCCCGGGCAGCUCAUCGCACGCUCAGUCGACGCACAAGUGGGCGGGCGGCGUCAUCGGCCCCGACGGCUGCAUUUACGGCCUGCCCUUUGUCGCGGAGCGCCUCCUGCGCUUCGACCCGCUGACGCAGCAGGCGACGCUCGUCGGCGGCGACCUCGGGCAGGGCGGCGGCAAAUGGUCGUGCGGCCUCGUCGGCGCAGACGGCUUCAUCUACGGCAUCCCAUACGACGCGGAGCGCGUGCUGCGCUUUGACCCGAAGACGCAGGAGUCGGCGCUGAUAGGGCCAGACUAUGGGCUGUUUGGCGACAAGUGGUCCUCUGGCGUUGUCGGCACCAACGGGUGCAUCUACGGCGUCCCGUACCACGCGGCGCAGGUCUUGCGCAUCAGAGGGAUCGUCCCGCCACGCAGCAACGGCAACCGGCCCGACACGGCCGUCGCCGUCCCCAACGGCGUCCCCACGUCAAAGGCGGAGCGCGCGCUCGUGGCCGAGGCGCUGUACAAGCAGGCCGUCGAGCUCGGCGUCGAGGGCCUGCUGCUGGUGCGGCUAGCGGCGCACGCCGAGGAGAGGAUGUGA